AUGGUGGAAGAUGAUCGAAGGAACGUGAAGGUUUUGGAAGUAGGUGAAAGCGGCUUAGAGAAACUGAUUUCCGGCAAUGGUUGUCCAGAUGUCGGCGCUGCGACACGCGAAUCCGUCCAGGAUCCGUCGAGCGUCGAGGGGAGCAGCGUGGACGAGCCGCCGUCGCCGGAAGGCCGCCUCCAACCGGAAGACCUCUCGGUCACGACCAAGAGCAAGGAGGCGAAGGACGCGAUUAACACAACCGACGCCCUGCCGCCCCUCAAGACGCCCGAAUUAAAGCUCUCCGUGAGGAAAUUGUUGGGAUGCAGCCCAUCGCCCCCACCCAUCUCCAGAGAUCGGUCGGCCAGUCCUGAAAGUUGCAUCGAAUCGAAGAAUCACACUUCCAACGACGCGAAAUCCUCGGAUUUGAAGAUACAGUCACAGGUUUCGAAGUCGUUGAUGCAGGAAGAAGGUGGCAAAGGGUCGAAUUGCCGGAACAGCGGCAACGGGAACGGGAAACAGAGAAGAUCUCGAACGAAUUUCACUUUGGAACAAUUGGCCGAAUUGGAAAGAUUGUUCGACGAGACUCAUUAUCCCGACGCCUUUAUGAGGGAAGAACUUAGCCAGAGACUCGGUUUAAGCGAGGCGAGGGUUCAAGUUUGGUUCCAGAACAGGCGUGCCAAGUGUCGCAAGCACGAGAGUCAAUUGCACAAAGGCGUUGCAGGUGGAAUGGUGCUGGCGCCUCGCAGCCCCCCGGCUACGUUGGAACCGUGUCGAGUGGCGCCCUACCUUCCCGCGUUGAGGUUGCACCCCCCGAUCCAGGGUGCAGGUGGCAACAUAACGACCGCANGGGAAGAGAAUUUUAAUUUCAAGUUUAAGAUCAAUGUUGGAAAUCGAAAUUGGGGAGAGAUUUAUCUUGAAAAUUGGCAACGUUUUAUUUGGGACUCGCCAUCGUUGUUGAACAGUGUUGUUAAGGAAGCUCUACGGCCAGCCGACAAAUCGGCUUGUCCUGGCACCAUCGUCCAAGACAUAAUUCUUAGGGAUGAUUCACGGACGGCUGGACCUUGUGCGGUGGCCACGGGUUUCCGUCCCCGGGACGAUGCCCUGGCCAGUGGCAUCGUCGCCGGGGCGCUAAUGCAAUAA